AUGAGCCCCUCGGAGCAGGAGGAGGAUGUGUGUAGGGAAGUACAGGUGGUGAAGGAGCUGCUCUCGGACUGUAGGAAGUUUGGUUGGCUCCUUGGUCUAGGCUCUGCCGCAGUGCCGUGGCACCAUCCCCGCAGGCACCGGGAUGCACUCCAGCUCUGCGCUUGUCCCACUUGCUGGCACUCGUCCUGUCCUGCAGGCACCUCACCUGCUCCAGCAUCACCCCCUGCCUAUGCCACGCCGAUGCAUGAGAAGGCAGCUCCCCUGAAGAGCCCCGAGCCCAGGCAUGGUCGUGAGAAGCUGGAGGUGUUCCAAAAGCAGAAGAGUUUGGAUUCCCUUGAUGGAAGCUUCCGCCUGAACGAAACCCUCAAGGAUGAGGACAUCAAGAAAUGCCAUCGGGAAGUGGCUGCUAGCAAGUACAACUCCCAGUACCACAAGCUGUUCAAGGACAUCCCGACGGAGGAGAGCGUGCUGAAAGUUUGCUCCUGUGCGCUCCAGAGAGACAUCCUCAUCCAAGGAAGGCUUUACAUCUCCCCCAACUGGCUCUGCUUCUACGCAAACCUUUUUGGGAAGGACAUUAAGGUUGUGAUCCCCGUGGUGUCUGUACAGCUGAUAAAGAAGCACAAGACGGCUCGGCUGCUGCCCAAUGGCUUGGCCAUCACAACCACUGCCAGCAGAAAGUACAUCUUCGUAUCCCUCAUCUCUCGUGACAGCGUCUAUGAUGUCCUGAGGAGAGUCUGUACCCACCUGCAGGUUUCCAGUAAGAAGAGCUUGAGUCUGAAGGAGCUGUCGGAGGAGCCGGACUCCGUGUCGCUGGAGGUGAUCGUCCCUGAGGGCAAGUGGAGGAAGGUGUCUCCUACCUCACUGUCACUGACACUGCCUGAUGCCAACUACCAGUGCAUCCACCGGACCUCUGUCAGCAGCCUGAGUGCCAAGGAGAGCUCCUUCACCUCUGAGGAGCCACUGGUUUCGGAAAGUGCAAUAAAUACUGAGGAAGAGCUGGAGGUGGAGCAGAGCUGUGUGGCAGAGCUAAGACCCUCAGACUACCAGCUUCUGAAGAUCUUCAUCGUGCUCAUCUGCCUCCUGGUCGUGUCGUCCUCGUACCUGGCAUUCCGCAUCUUCCGUCUGGAGCAGCAGCUCUGCUCUCUGAACAGGGAUUACCUCUCCCGCGGGCACAGGAGGUGAGGGACCUUCAAGGACAUUUUGGGAUACACAGGUCAUGCCAUGAGUGGAAGACUUGAGGAAAUGUGGGUGCAAAGAGGAAUGGCUCCAUUCUGUGAUGUGUCUAAGGAAUGCUUUGUCCCUUAUCCUGGGCCUGUUGUUGGGCUGGCAGAACCUGCAGUGCUAUCUCCACGCUGAAGGUGACCCCAUCAACGGCUGGUUUGAGUGACUGGGAAGCUCUGUUGUCUCUGAGACUUUGGAGCUUGGGAAAAGGUUUCCUCAUUGGUUUGGGGCUGGUUCUCCAGUUGCAGGAAGCACCAGGACAUCUCGUUGGAGCUGGGCUGUGCCUGGGGGCUAAGGCCAUGCGUAUCAGCAUGGGAUGGACAGGAGAGAAAUCUUCUGGGGCUGAGGACAUCAG